AUGCGCGUUGCUGUGGCUGGGUCUGGCGCAAUGGCCAGAUACAUUUGUGACGAGUUUCCAAAGUACGGACACGAAGUGGUCAUCCUUAGCCGAACAUCCAAAGAAGAGUUUGAAAACCGGGGCCAAAUCUCUCAAGUGGUUACUGAUUAUUCGGUCCCUUCACUUACCAACGCCAUACUCGAGUGCGACGUGCUUAUCUCUAUGAUUCUAUCAUACACUAAAGAGUUUGUCGACGUUCAUCUCAACCUCAUCAAGGCCUGCCAGGCCAGUCCACGAUGCAAGCGAUUCAUUCCGUCGGAAUACGGAGGCGACCUUGAGACCUAUCCUGAUCUUCCUCACUUUUACUAUCUGACGCGCGAUCCUAUUCGGCAGGUUCUCCGGGAGCAAAAAGAGAUCGAAUGGACGCUAGUUAGCGUUGGCUGGCUGGCGGAUUACAUUGUGCCCAAAAAGAACCGCUAUCUUACGGAUGCCGGGGAAGCGUUUCCCAUCGACAUCACAUCCAAGAAAGUCAUAAUCCCUGGCACUGGGAAUGAUCCAGUUGAUCUUACAGCAGCCCGUGACUUGGCAAGAGCUUUGGCACUUCUUGUGAGCCACCCGUCUUGGGAACCGUACACCUACAUUUCUGGGGAGAAGACCACUUGGAACGAGCUUGCUAUGCUGGUGCAACGACAGUACGUGGAAAUGAAGGAUGUACAGCGUAUCGGCUUAGGCCAGAUACUGCAUACCAUUCAGACAUCAGAUGAUGAGAUGGAAGUUCUAUUUGCUCAUUACCAAAUUGGUGUUCCUCUACAAGGAGGUUCCCUAGACCAUAAGAAGGUUGAGGCUCAUCGACAGAAAUUCUUCUCUGGCAUGGCCUUCAAGAAGCCUCAUGAACUUAUUGAGGAAGCGCGCCAGAAUCCUAACGGGAUCGUCUGA